AUGUAUCUGCUCCAAUUUUUCACUACCCUGGUGGUGGGAACAUUGCUGGGGUGCAUAGCAGCUUUUGAAGCAAGCAGACCUGAAGCAAACACUUGCCCAGUAGUGGCAUGUGCCGCCAGUGGUUUACCUGGCAGAGACGGAAAGGACGGCAUGAAAGGAGAGAAGGGAGACCAAGGGGUCGGACUUAAGGGACAACAGGGUUCGCCUGGAAAGGCUGGACCACCGGGCCCAGUGGGAAUGAAAGGACCUCGGAGUGAAAAGGGACAAAAGGGGGAAACAGCAGCUAUUGAUGCUGUUCAGAGUCAAGUGACUGCACUGGAAAACAAGUUACAGGCUCUUCAAGCUGAGCACAACAAAUACAAAAAAGUGGUGCUACUGCAGGGGCUGACAGUCGGACAGAAGACUUUCAUUUCAACCCACCAGCACGACACUUUUGCUAACGGCAGAGCCCGGUGUGCGAAAGCUGGAGCUGCCCUGGCUUGCCCCAAGAAUGCCGACGAGAAUGCCGCUGUUCAGGAACUAGCAAAGAGAGGUGCCAAGUUUGCGUUCCUCGAUGUAAAUUACCUCCAGACAGAGGGCCACUUUGUAUACGAAAACGGAAAGGCAUUAGAGUACACCAACUGGGAAAAAGGAGAGCCCAAUAACUACAAAGGAACGGAGGACUGUGUUGUUAUCACACCCGAAACUGCACAGUGGAAUGACUACAGCUGUGAGCAGAAAGGUCUAAUUAUUUGUGAAUUCUGACCUGUUUCUAAAGAGAGCGACAUUUCAGGGUUCCGCGUGGUUUAGCGCAGGGAAACGUUUCAGGCGGGUAAGAGAAAGUGAGGUUCCCAAGCAUGAGAAAGCAACCCAUCCCUGUGUAGCUCACCUAGACUGGAGUUCCCCAUCAUUGCCCCUGUGGGCAACACAGCGUCCAAUGACAUCGUUCCUGGUACCUUUCAAGUGCAUUGAGAAAGUGGGCGGGGCCAGUGGGGCACCUGCUCUUAAAUGCACAAAUGACAUCAUAUUAAACAGAACUUCUGUCUAAAUUGUAUACCCUCACCCCCUCACUCCCUUUCCACGCCAAUCUCCUAAAAGAUUAGUCAAAUGUUUGCAAAACAGUUUCAGGACCCCCCCCCCUUUGGUUCACACUUACUCCCCUGAAAUGAUUCCUGGCUGCCAUUUUCUGUUUUUCCCUGCUUCCCCCCCCCCCCCCAAUGCAUGAUCAAAUCGGUGCUUCUAUACUUCAUAGCAUUGUGCUGCAAUUCCCUGGGUUUUUCUGUAGUUGAUGCUGUGAAGAUUCAGCCCCACCACCGACCCCCAAUAUGCUCUGAAAUGCUCCAAAACAGGGUAAGGUGCCUCUGCAGGCCAGGAGUGAGCUCACGAAAGAGACAGCACACAA